AUGCCAUUAGAAGCCAGCAAGGUUAUUUCAAUCCUACGUAAAUUCACUACUUGCGAUCUAUCUGAUGGUAUAGUGAAGUAUGGGAAAAAGGACGGUGGAUACUUCCCAAACUUAGCGAGAUAUUCUUCCAAUAAGCAUAACAAACCAAUGAUUGGCCAAGCAUAUACAGUUCUUUUUGCACCUAAAGAUGACCCCAGGCCCGCAAUUAAGGGUGGAUAUAUAGAUAAUUUACCAAAAGACUCGGUUUUGGUAAUUGCCACCACGGAAAACUUACAAAAGUUAGAUGCUCCAUACACAAAGCUAAAUAACGCAUUAUAUGGCGGUCUAAUGUCAACAAGGGCCAAUUAUUUGAAAAGCAGCGGAACAGUUGUCUUUGGCAGGAUCAGAGACAUCGACGAACACCUUGGGUUAUCAAGAGAUGUAUUUGCGUACGGAAAAGGCAGUGCACCCCAUGGACCAGUUGUCAAAAUGGUUGGCAUCAAUAUUCCACUUAGAAUUGAAAUUGAUGAUUAUCCGAAGCCACGAUUGGAGACCAUAACUCCAGGAGAUUAUAUUAUGGGUGAUGACAAUGGAAUUGUGAAAUUGGACAAUAAUGAACAAGUCGCAAAAAUACUCGAGUACAUUCCAAAAAGAGUGGAGGCUGAUACUCUUGUGAUGCAGGAUAUUCGAGAAGGAAAAAAGUGCAACCCCUCUCAGAAAGCAAGGCGGGCUGCAUUAUGA